UCCAUCAAAUUAAACACUUAAGCCUGCAUCCGGCCAUUUGUGCAAACCAUCUCGGAGCCAGCCAUCUUCAACUUCAAUUAGUAGCCAUGCAGGUCUCUGAGAUGUCUCGGCGUGCGCUGCUUCCCAUCUUUCUCUACUCGCCAUCAAACUUUGGAGUUGAAAAGAUGGAUGAUGAUAAUAAUAAGAGCUGGGGGAGAAGUGGAUCAAUUGUGAUUGGGGCGCCGAGUGAGCCGUAUUCAUCUGGGAAGAAGAUAGAGAUGUUCUCGCCCAUGUUCUAUGCUGCAUCUGCUGUUGGAGGUGCUGCCAGCUGCGGAAUCACGCACACCGCUGUCACUCCUCUUGAUAUUAUCAAGUGCAACAUGCAGAUUGAUCCAGUGAAAUACAAGAGUUUCUCAUCAGGAUACAAAGUUGUUUUGCAAGAACAAGGUUUGAGAGGUUUCUUCAAAGGAUGGGCACCAACCUUGAUAGGGUAUAGUGCUCAAGGGGCAUUCAAAUAUGGUUUCUAUGAGUACUUUAAAAAGUACUACUCUGACAUUGUUGGACCUGAGAAUGCAGCAAAAUAUAAGACUUUGAUUUAUCUUGCUGGUUCUUUUUCCUCUGAGGCCAUUGCUGAUGUUGCACUCUGUCCAAUGGAGGCUGUCAAAGUCAGAGUCCAGACUCAACCUGGUUUUGCUAAAGGUUUGAGUGAUGGCUUGCCAAAGCUUCUCAGAACUGAAGGUGUUUCAGGAUUGUACAAAGGAUUAGUUCCACUUUGGGGACGCCAGAUCCCUUAUACAAUGAUGAAAUUUGCAUCAUUUGAGAACAUAGUAGAGUUACUGUAUAAGCAUGCAAUUCCUACACCAAAGGAAGAGUGCAGCAAGCCAUUUCAGCUCAGUGUCAGCUUUGCAGGUGGCUACCUUGCUGGUAUACUAUGUGCUGUUAUUUCUCACCCCGCUGACAACCUUGUCUCUUUCCUCAAUAAUGCCAAGGGAGCUACUGUCAAUGAUGCGGUGAAAAAUAUGGGUUUGUGGGGACUAUGCACAAGAGGUCUUCCUCUUCGGAUUGUUAUGGUGGGCACAUUAACUGGACUUCAAUGGGGGAUCUAUGAUUCUUUCAAAGUCUUUGUUGGAUUACCAACAACUGGUGGAGUAGCUCCUCCUGCUAUUGUUCCCAAUGUUGUUCCCAACAACUAGGACUGAAAUUUUUGCUGUUAUUCAGAUUGGGCUUGUUAUUCUGAAUAUAAUUUGUGGAUUGCUUUGUAUCUUAGGUAGAACUAGGAAGACUCAAUUUUUCAAAAUUAAAAAGAUAAAUAAUUUGGAGAAUCUAAGAAUGGCUUUGAGGCUCUCAUCCUCCAUUCGUUCUAUGUAAGGUUUAUGAUUAAUAUAUGA